AUGGACAUGAUCGUCACUGAGGCGCUUGACCUUAAGAAGAGUGAUGAUAUCGACGCGUCAGUCUCUCUCAUCUGGGUCCGGCAAGCAGAGGAGGUUGUACGGACCAGUGUUUUGUCAAGCGAGUGGAGAUGGAUGUGGACAGCUUGCCCCAAACUACAUUUCAAUGGUGUCGACGAUGCGCGUAGGAAUGGGGGGAACCAAAAUUCCCAGAUGUUCAUCGACGGUGUUAAUGCAGUUUUGCAAAAGCACCGUGGGAAGUUUGUCGAUAACCUUGAAAUUAAAUUUAUAGCCGAGAACAAGCAAGUUUACCAUAUCAAUAACUGGAUUAGGUUUGCCAUAUCGUCCCGGACAAGGAAGCUAGCUUUUGAUUUAGCCUCGCCACGUAAUGGUCAGGGACACCGUGAUCAUUACAGGUUCCCAUUUGAACUUCUAGACAAGGAAAGUGUAUGCUGCCUACAGUGUCUUCAACUUAGCUUUGUUUGUUUAAAACCUCCUUCCCAGUUUGUAGGCCUUCCAAACCUAAGAAAGCUUGAACUCUAUUUAGUGAAAACCACUAGGCGGGAUCUCGAGAAUAUGUUGUGUAAUUGCUGUAAACUUGAGCGGCUGAGCCUAGUCAGAUGUCAUCUGAACGAUGAACUGAGGGUCACUCAGCCAUUGUCCCACCUACAGUACUUGCAAGUAAUUUGCUGCAGGAUUACCAAGCUAGAGUUCCACGCUGCAAAUCUCUCCACCUUUGUGUAUGAUGGAUCUUGCAUACCUUUUUCCCUCCAUCAUGCUUCCAAACUGGAAAAUGCAAAAAUUUCCUUUAUCGGUGCUAUUUUACAGCAUGUUGCAGAAUCACUUCUCGACGGUCUUCCAAAUAUACAAAACCUGACAUUGCAGUUAGCACUUUCGUGGUUAGAGGUAUAUUGGAACUAA